UAUCUCCACCACAGCAGCAGCGGCGGCGUACGUGGAUGAUGGCAUAACAAUAAAAGGUGUGAAAAUCUCAGGUAGACCAUUAUACCUAGAUAUGCAAGCAACUUCCCCAAUUGAUCCUAGGGUUUUAGACGCUAUGUUACCUUAUCAUCUUUCCCGUUUUGGAAACCCUCAUUCAAGAACUCAUCUUUACGGUUGGGAAUCUGAUCAGGCUGUUGAACUUGCCCGAGCCCAAAUUGCAACCCUAAUCAAAGCUUCACCUAAAGAGAUUAUUUUUACUUCUGGUGCUACUGAGAGUAAUAAUAUUUCUGUUAAGGGUGUUUUGCAUUUUUAUAGAGAUAAGAAACGACAUGUUAUUACUACCCAAACUGAGCAUAAGUGUGUUCUUGAUUCUUGUCGUCAUUUACAGCAAGAGGGCUUUGAUGUAACUUAUCUUCCUGUUGAGUCUGAUGGGCUUGUUGAUUUAGAGAAGCUUCGGGCUGCCAUAAGGCCCGAUACGGGGUUGGUUUCCGUUAUGAUGGUGAAUAAUGAGAUUGGUGUUAUUCAGCCUAUGGAGGAAAUUGGGAAAAUUUGUAAGGAGUUUAGUGUUCCUUUUCACACUGAUGCUGCACAGGCUUUAGGGAAGAUACCAAUUGAUGUGGAGAAGAUGAAUAUAAGUUUGAUGUCGUUAAGCGGGCAUAAGAUUUACGGGCCGAAAGGCGUAGGAGCGCUAUAUAUGAGGCGUAGGCCGAGGAUUAGAGUUGAGCCUCAGAUGAAUGGUGGUGGACAAGAGAGAGGGAUUAGGAGCGGGACCGUACCGACACCGUUAGUUGUAGGGUUUGGGGCAGCUUGUGAACUUGCAAUGAAGGAAAUGGAAUAUGAUGAAAAGAGGAUUAAAGGUUUGAAUGAGAGGUUAUUGAAUGGUAUAAGGUCUAAGAUUGAUGGGGUUGUUGUGAAUGGAAGUGUUGAAAGGCGAUAUACUGGGAAUUUGAACAUAUCUUUCGCGUAUGUGGAAGGUGAGAGCUUGUUGAUGGGGCUGAAAGAGGUUGCGGUGUCCAGUGGAAGUGCGUGUACUAGUGCUAGUUUGGAGCCGUCCUAUGUGUUGAGGGCGUUGGGAGUUGAAGAAGAUAUGGCUCAUACGUCAAUUCGAUAUGGAAUUGGGAGGUUUACUACUGAAGAAGAGAUUGAUCGUGCGGUUGAUCUUACAGUCAAGCAGGUUGAGAAGUUGAGGGAAAUGAGCCCACUUUAUGAAAUGGUUAAAGAGGGUAUUGAUAUAAAGAGUAUACAGUGGGCGCAGCAUUAGAUUUGAUUGCUGAAUGAUUGAAUUGGGACGAGAACUGUCACUACAUGAGCAUGUGGAAUGAAGUUGAUCGUCCAGGUUCUUGUUCAGAAUAUUUAAUGUAUGUUCUUUAGCUUCAGGGCUAUUUUUAUGAGUUAAGUUUCUGCAAUAAGACAUACUGUCGUCGACUGUUAAGUUGACGCUUUAAUUGUGUAUGAUAUAGCUGUUGAGUUGCUUUAGUGACAGGAUGUAGAAUCUGUUAUGGUAAAAUGAUGGGUGUUUCUGCCCUUGGAUUUUGGUUUCUCA